AUGCACGCGGCCAGGACCCCCGGGAUGGCCUGCCGCGCCGGCGGGGUGGCCCACCCCCCCAGUUUUCAGCCGAUACCUGCGCUGCCGCCCCGCCUCGUGCUGCUGCUGCUGCUUCUCCUGUCACUGGUAAGGUGCGUCCCGGCACAGCCCGCUGCCCCUGGCCGGGCGUUGCUGUCCCCGGAUCUCGCGGGGGCUGCAGGGGUCCCCGCCGAGGAGGCCAUAGUGCUGGCGAACCGUGGGCUGCGGGUGCCCUUCGGCCGCGAGGUCUGGCUGGAUCCUCUGCACGACCUGGUGCUGCAGGUGCAGCCGGGGGACCUUUGCGCGGUGACCGUGCUAGACAACGACGCGCUGGCCCAGAGGCCUGGCCGCCUGAGUCCCAAGCGCUUCCCGUGCGACUUCGGCCCGGGAGAGGUGCGUUACUCGCACCUGGGCGCGCGCAGCCCGUCGCGGGAUCGCAUUCGGCUGCAGCUGCGCUACGACGCUCCGGGAGGGGCAGCAGUGCUGCCCUUGGUGUUGGAGGUGGAGGUGCUUUUCACCCAGCUGGAGGUUGUGACUCGGAACUUGCCCCUCGUCGUGGAGGAGCUGCUGGGGACCAGCAAUGCCCUGGACGCGCGGAGCCUGGAGUUCGCCUACCAGCCCGAGACCGAGGAGUGUCGCGUGGGCAUCCUGUCCGGCUUGAGCGCGCUGCCUCGCUACGGGGAACUCCUUCACUACCCGCAGGUUCCAGGUGGAGCCAGCGAGGGGGGCGCCCAGGAGCCAAUCCUGAUGGACUGCAAAGCUUUCCAGGAGCUAGGCGUGCGCUACCGCCACACGGCCCCCAGUCGGUCACCAAACAGGGACUGGGUGCCCAUGGUGGUGGAGCUGCGCUCUCGAGGUUCGCCUGUGGGCAGGCCUGCUUUAAAACGUGAGCACUUCCAGGUGCUGGUGAGAAUCCGAGGAGGGGCUGAGAACACUGCACCCAAGCCCAGUUUUGUGGCCAUGAUGAUGAUGGAGGUGGACCAGUUUGUACUCACGGCCCUGACCCCAGACAUGCUGGCCGCCGAGGAUGCUGAGUCGCCUUCUGACCUGUUGAUCUUCAACCUCACCUCUCCUUUCCAGCCUGGCCAGGGCUACCUAGUAAGUACUGAUGAUCGUAGCCUGCCCCUCUCCUCCUUCACGCAGAGGGACCUGCGGCUCUUGAAGAUUGCCUACCAGCCCCCGUCUGAGGACUCUGACCAGGAGCGUCUCUUUGAACUGGAGUUGGAGGUAGUGGACCCGGAAGGAGCUGCCUCAGACCCUUUUGCUUUUAUGGUAGUGGUGAAGCCCAUGAACACACUGGCUCCCGUGGUCACCCGGAACACUGGUCUCAUUCUUUACGAGGGCCAGGCUCGGCCCCUUACAGGCCCUGUGGGCAUCGGACCACAAAACUUGGUCAUCAGCGAUGAGGAUGACCUGGAGGCAGUGCAGCUGGAGGUGGUGGCUGGGCUCCGGCAUGGUCACCUUGUUCUUCUGGGGGCCACCGAUGGCAAUGCUGCCCCUAGGACCUUUACAGUGGCUGAGCUAGCGGCUGGCCAGGUGGUCUACCAUCACGAUGACAAAGAUGGCUCACUGAGUGACAACCUCGUCCUUCGAAUGGUGGAUGGAGGACGCAGGCACCAGGUGCAGUUCCUGUUCCCCAUCACCUUAGUGUCUGUGGAUGACCAACCACCAGUCCUCAAUGCUAACACGGGGCUGACACUGGCAGAAGGUGAAACGGCGCCCAUCCUGCCGCUUGCUCUAAGUGCAACUGACAUUGACUCAGAUGACUCUCUGCUGCUUUUUGUGCUGGAGCCGCCCUCCUUAACUGUAGGGCAUCUGCUUCUCCGCCAAACUCAUCCUCCCCGUGAGGAGGAGGAGGAACUGAGCAGGGGCCCUUGGAGGAGACAGGGAGCAUUCUACGAGCAGACGGUGACAGAGUGGCGGCAGUGGGACAUAACCGAGGGGAGGCUGUUCUACAGGCACUCGGGGCCCCAUAGUCCCGGGCCAGUGAUGGACCAGUUCAUAUUUCGAGUCCAGGAUAACCAUGACCCCCCUAAUCAGUCGGGACCACACAGGUUUGUGAUACGCAUUCAUCCUGUGGAUCGCCUCCCUCCAGAGCUGGGCAGCGGCUGUCCCCUUCGGAUGGUGGUGCAGGAAUCCCAGCUCACCCCGCUGAGGAGGAAGUGGCUUCGCUACACUGACCUGGACACAGAUGACCGAGAACUGCGUUACACAGUGACCCAGCCCCCCAUGGACACAGAUGAAAACCACUCACCAGCCCCACUGGGCACCCUGGUCCUGACUGACAACCCCUCAGUCGUGGUGGCCCAUUUUACCCAAGCCCAGAUCAACCACCAUAAAAUUGCUUACAGACCCCCGGAGCAAGAACUGGGAGUGGCUGCCCGAGUGGCCCAGUUUCAGUUCCAGGUGGAGGACCAAGCUGGGAAUGUGGCUCUGGGCACCUUCACCCUUUACUUGCAGCCAGUGGACAACCAGCCACCCGAGAUCCUCAACACUGGUUUCACCAUUCAGGAGAAGGGCCACCACAUCCUGAGUGAGACUGAGUUGCAUGUGGUUGAUGUAGACACUGACAUGGCCCACAUCUCUUUCACUCUCACACAGGCGCCCAAACAUGGCCACAUGAGGGUGUCUGGACGGAUACUGCAUGUAGGGGAGGUCUUCCACUUGGAAGACAUAAAACAGGGUCGGAUUUCGUAUGUCCAUAACGGGGAUGAGUCUCUCACUGAUAGCUGCUCCUUGGAGGUCAGCGACAGACACCACGUGGUGCCCAUCACUCUUAGAGUAAAUGUCCGGCCAGUGGAUGAUGAGGUCCCCAUGCUGAGCCUUCCUGCUGGCACUCUGGGGUCAUAUCUAGAUGUUCUAGAAAAUGGAGCUACUGAAAUCACUGCCAGUGUAAUCAAGGGGACUGAUGAGGACACUGAUGAUUUGAUGUUGACUUUCGUCUUGGAAGAUCCACCCUUAUAUGGAGAAAUCCUGGUCAACGGAGUUCCAGCAGAGCAGUUUACCCAAAGGGACAUCUUAGAGGGCUCUGUUGUCUAUGCCCACACUAGUGGUGAGAUAGGCUUGUUGCCCAGAGGGGACUCAUUUAACCUGAGUCUGUCAGAUAUGUCUCAAGAAUGGGUUAUAGGUGGCAGUACUAUCCAAGGAGUUACCGUGUGGGUGACCAUCCUCCCUGUUGAUAACCAGGCUCCAGAAAUUUCUGUGGGUGAACGGUUUAUAGUCGUGGAAGGUGAUAAAAGUGUUAUAACCUCAACACAUAUAAGUGCUGAAGAUACUGAUUCACUAACUGAUGACAUCUUGUGCACCAUAGUUAUUCAGCCUACCUCCGGUUAUGUUGAAAACAUUUCGCCAGCUCCAGGCUCUGAGAAAUCAAGAGCAGGAAUCGCAGUAAGUGCCUUUACCCUGAAAGACCUCAGGCAGAGUCAUAUUAACUAUGUCCAGAGUGUCCAUAAAGGGGUCGAACCUGUGGAAGACAGAUUUAUAUUUCGUUGCUCUGAUGGCAUUAACUUUUCAGAGAGACAUUUUUUCCCCAUUGUCAUCAUUCCCACCAAUGAUGAACAGCCGGAAAUAUUUAUGAGAGAAUUUAUGGUGAUGGAAGGCAUGAGUCUGGUGAUCGAUACGCCCAUCCUCAAUGCUGCUGAUGCUGACAUUCCCCCGGAUGAUCUAACUUUCACUAUUACCCAAUUUCCUACUCACGGUCACAUCAUGAACCAGCUGAUAAAUGGCACAGUUUUGGUUGAAAGCUUCACCUUGGACCAGAUCAUAGAGAGUUCAAGCAUUAUUUAUGAGCAUGAUGACUCUGAGACUCAGGAAGACAGUUUUGUGAUAAGACUAACGGAUGGUAAGCACUCAGUGGAAAGGAUGGUCCUCAUUAUAGUUAUCCCAGUUGAUGAUGAGACCCCCAGAAUGACCAUCAAUAAUGGACUAGAAAUAGAAAUUGGGGAAACCAAAAUUAUCAACAACAAAAUAUUAAUGGCAACUGAUUUGGACUCUGAAGACAAAUCUUUGGUUUAUGUUAUUCGUUAUGGGCCAGGACAUGGCUUAUUGCAGAGACAAAAACCUACAGGUGCCUUUGAAAAUAUCACACUGGGCAUGAAUUUCACCCAGGAUGAAGUGGACAGAAACUUAAUCCAGUAUGUCCAUUUUGGACAAGAGGGCAUUCGGGACCUAAUUAAAUUUGAUGUGACUGAUGGAAUAAAUGCCCUCAUAGAUCGCUACUUUUAUGUUUCCAUUGGGAGCAUUGACAUUGUCUUCCCAGAUGUGAUAAGCAAGGGAGUAUCCUUGAAAGAAGGUGGCAAAGUCACCCUCACAACAGACUUACUAAGCACCAGUGACUUGAACAGUCCUGAUGAAAACUUAGUUUUUACCAUCACCAGGGCUCCCAUGAGAGGUCACUUAGAGUGCACAGAUCAACUUGGAGCAUCCAUCACAUCUUUCACUCAGCUCCAGCUGGCUGGCAACAAAAUCUACUACAUCCACACAGCUGAUGAUGAAGUCAAGAUGGACAGCUUUGAGUUUCAAGUCACCGAUGGACGUAACCCUGUCUUCCGGACAUUCCGUAUCUCCAUUAGUGAUGUGGAUAACAAAAAGCCAGUGGUCACCAUCCAUAACCUGGUUGUCAGUGAGGGUGAAAACAAGCUGAUCACUCCCUUUGAACUCACUGCCGAAGACAGAGAUACUCCUGACAAACUUCUGAAGUUCAUUGUCACCCAGGUGCCUGUUCAUGGUCAACUCCUAUUCAACAAUACCAGACCUGCCACGGUUUUUACCAAGCAAGACUUGAAUGAAAACUUAAUCAGCUACAGACACGAUGGCACUGAGUCGAGUGAAGACAGCUUCUCCUUCACGGUGACUGAUGGUUCCCAUACAGAGUUCUAUGUUUUCCCUGAUACAAUAUUUGAAACAAGGAGACCCCAAGUGAUGAAAAUCCAGGUCUUAGCUGUUGACGAUAGUGUCCCCCAAAUUGCCGUGAACAAAGGGGCCUCCACACUUCGCACUCUGGCUACUGGUCACUUGGGCUUCAUGAUCACAAGCAAAAUAUUGAAAGCGGAGGACAGAGACAGCCUACAUUUUUCUCUCAGGUUUAUUGUGACAGAGGCCCCUCAACACGGAUAUCUCCUCAACCUGGACAGAGGCAACUACAGUGUGACUCAGUUUACACAAGCUGACAUUGACGACAUGAAAAUAUGCUACGUUUUAAAAGACGGGGCCAAUGCCACAAGUGAUAUGUUCCAUUUUACAGUUGAAGAUGGUGGUGGAAACAAAUUAACCAAGCAGCAUUUUCGUCUGAAUUGGGCAUGGAUCUCCUUUGAAAAGGACUAUUACCUGAUCAAUGAGGACUCCAAAUUUCUAGAUGUCGUUCUUAAACGUAGAGGUUACUUGGGAGAGACUUCAUUUAUAAUUCGGUCAGCAGAAGACCUAACCGUGGUGCUGGACCUCUUCACCCUCUGUCAGACCAAGUGCACGGCAGGCGGAACUGUGCCCACAUCAGUGCUGUCCUAUUCAGAUUACAUAUCCAGGCCCGAGGACCACACCAGUGUCAUCCGCUUUGACAAAGAUGAGCGCGAGAAAAUGUGUCGCAUCAUUGUUAUUGAUGACUCCUUGUAUGAAGAGGAGGAAACAUUCCAUGUCCUUCUGAGCAUGCCCAUGGGUGGGAGGAUUGGAUCAGAGUUCCCAGGGGCUCAGGUUAAGAUCGUCCCUGACAAAGACGAUGUGCCUAAGAUGCAAUUCAAAGAACGAGUAUAUACUGGCAAUGAAAAUGACGGGCAGAUAGUUGCAAUGAUCCACAGGAGCGGAGACGUUCACUACAGGUCUUCAGUGAGAUGUUACACCCGGCAGGGGUCUGCGCAGGUGAUGACGGACUUUGAGGAACGUCCAAACACUGGUAGCUCCAUCAUCACAUUUCUCCCUGGUGAGACCGAAAAGCCUUGUGUCCUUGAGCUGAUGGACGACACACUCUAUGAGGAGGUAGAGGAGCUCCGCCUGGUUCUUGGCACCCCACAAAGCGACUCCCCCUUUGGGGCUGCAGUUGGGGAACAGAAUGAAACUCUGAUAAGGAUCCGAGAUGAUGCCGAUAAGACUGUUAUUAAAUUUGGAGAAACCAAAUUUAGCAUCAGUGAACCCAAAGAACCGGGACAGUCGGUGGUUGUAAAAAUUCCAGUGAUUCGCCAAGGAGAUACUUCAAAGGUUUCCAUCGUGAGAGUCCACACCAAGGAUGGCUCCGCCACCUCUGGAAAAGACUAUCACCCUGUGUCAGAAGAAAUUGAGUUUAAGGAGGGAGAAACCCAGCAUACUGUUAACAUUGAAGUAAUCUUCGACGGGAUCAGAGAGAUGAGAGAGGCCUUCACUGUUCAUCUAAAACCCGAUGAGAACAUGGUAGCAGAGACGCAGGUGACCAAAGCCAUUGUGUAUAUAGAAGAAAUGAACAGCAUGGCAGAUGUCACUUUUCCUUCUGUCCCUCAAAUUGUGUCAUUAUUGAUGUACGAUGACACUUCCAGAGCUAGAGAUAGUGCUGGACCCGUGUCUGGCUAUCCUGUUGUCUGUUUCACGGCUUGCAACCCUAAAUACUCAGACUAUGACAAAACAGGCUCUAUUUGUGCAAGUGAGAACAUCAACGACACCUUGACCCGGUACCGAUGGCUGACUAGCGCACCCGCUGGCCCUGAUGGCGUCACCAGCCCUAUGAGAGAAGUGGACUUUGACACUUUUUUUACAUCAUCCAAGAUGAUCACCUUGGAUUCCAUAUACUUCCAGCCCGGCUCCAGGGUGCAGUGUGCGGCCCGCGCUGUGAAUGCCAAUGGCAAGGAGGGCCUGGAGCUGAUGAGCCCUAUUGUCACCGUCGGCAGAGAAGAAGGUCUGUGUCAGCCCCGGGUGCCGGGGACAGUGGGGGCAGAGCCGUUCUCAGCCAAGCUGCGCUACACGGGCCCCGAGGACCCAGACUACACAAACCUUAUCAAGCUCACGGUCACGAUGCCACACAUAGAUGGCAUGCUCCCUGUGAUCUCCACUAAAGAGCUUUCCAACUUUGAGCUCACCCUCAGUCCUGAUGGCUCAAGAGUUGGAAACCACCAGUGCUCCAACCUUCUGGAUUACACUGAAGUGAAGACUCACCAUGGUUUCUUAACUGAUGCUACAAAAAAUCCAGAAGUAAUUGGAGAGACGCAUCCCUACCAGUACAGCUCAUCUAUCAGAGGCACCAAUACAUUACGCUUCUAUCGAAACCUGAACCUAGAGGCCUGUUUGUGGGAGUUUGUUAGCUACUAUGACAUGUCAGAACUCCUCACUGACUGUGGAGGCACCAUCGGGACCGAUGGACAGGUAGGAAAACCAGCUGGUUUUGUUCAGGGAUCCAGAUGUGGACUAAAUCCCAACUCCGGUCUUCCGUCUUGGUGGUGA